AUGACAUUUUGGAUAGCAACAGAAAGUAAAAAUAUUUAUGCUUCAGAGCCUAAAAAGAAGCCUAAAGCUGUAAAAAAUAUGAAAAAGAGAAAAACUCCAAAGAAAUUGGUGAGAAACUUCCAUCCCCGUUGUAGAGGAUGAAGGGUAAGUCAUUGGCGCAAAAUGAGAUGGGAGUAUAAUGGAUGAGACUCAUCACAAUUUAUGGAUUUCCCUUCUCACUUAAGCUACGGGGAAAAUGCUGAAAAAGAAAUUAAAAACGCCCGAGCAAAAAUAGAAGAAAAUAAGGAUUUGGAGCAAAAACUUACAGAAAUAAAAGAGUCUAAUAAAGAAAAGAAACUUGAUAAGGCAAAAAAAUAUAAAAGGCGAGGAGAAUAUUUAGAUGUUUAUAAGUUUAAGCUGUCAACCAUUGAAGAUGCUAUGCUGGAAAUAUUGUCAAAGAUAUAA